UCAGGAGCAACGAAAUGAUCUGCCCUGGAGCCGCAGCAAAAUGCUGGAUGGACACCUACUCCUGGGAUGGUUAUCGUUCACACUCCUAGUCUAUGUCAUCCACUUGCCGCCACCCAGCGCAGCCUACUUCGGGCUGACAGGUAAUGAGCCGCUGUCUAUCCUGCCACUGAACUCUCUACCGGAUGACAACGUGGGCCGGGCCCACUACAAGCUGUGCGACCGGCUCAAACUGGAAAAGAAGCAGCGCAGGAUGUGCAGACGUGACCCGGGCGUGGCCGAGACCCUGCGAGAGGCCAUCACAAUGAGCGCCCUGGAAUGCCAAUACCAAUUCCGCUUCGAGAGGUGGAACUGCACCUUGGAGGGGCGCCACCGAGCCAACAUACUCAAGAGAGGAUUCAAAGAGACGUCUUUCUUGUACGCCAUCUCCUCGGCGGGUCUGACCCACGCCAUGGCCAAAGCUUGCAGCGCGGGGCGCAUGGAGCGCUGCACGUGCGACGAGGCCCCCGACCUGGAGAACCGCAAAGCGUGGCAGUGGGGCGGCUGCGGGGAUAACCUCAAAUACGCCAACAAGUUUGUCAAAGACUUCCUGGGCAAACGCUCUAACAAGGACCUCCGCGCUCGCGUGGACAUGCACAACACCAACGUCGGCCUGAAGGUAAUCAAGGCUGGCGUGGAGACCACCUGUAAAUGCCACGGGGUCUCCGGCUCCUGCACCGUCCAGACCUGCUGGAGGCAGCUGAUGCCCUUUCACGAGAUCGGCAAGCAGUUGAAGCAGCGCUAUGAGACCUCAGUCAAGGUGGGGAGCUCCACCAACGAGGCCACGGGGGAGGGAGACAUCUCCGCCUCAGGACGAGCUCAACACCAGCAGCAGCAGCAGCAGCAAACCCCUCAGCAUCCCCACCCCCACCUGUCCGGUCUCAGCGACCAGAUUCCCCGCACCAUGGACCUGCUCCACAUCGAGGACUCACCCAGUUUCUGCCGGCCCAGCAAGUACUCGUCGGGCACGGCGGCUCGCAAGUGCUACAAGGACAAAAACUGCGACGCCAUCUGCUGCGGGCGGGGCCACAACACCCAGAGCCGGGAGGUGACGCGGCCCUGCCAGUGCCAGGUGCGCUGGUGCUGCUACGUGGAGUGCAAGCAGUGCACGCAGAGGGAGGAGGUUUACACCUGCAAGGGCUAACACCGACACAAGGAGAGGAAGUUGUGACACUGUUCUCUGACGCCAUAAGCACUUUGAGGGAUUUUUCUGUUUUGUUCGGGGUUUUUUUUUUUUAUUGUUGUGGCUUUGCAAACUUCUCCUCAGACAACUGGGUAAACAGCUCAAGCCUUCCAGACGACAAACGUUCCUUAUAAAAGAACGCAACCUUUUCGCACGCGAACAUAGCCAAGGGACUCAAAGAAGAAGAACGACGCGUGCGAAAAGGUGGGCUCCAUCGACGACUUCUACGGAAUAUUCAGACAGGGUGUAAGAAUUUACACGCACAUCCUUUACACGCGCACACUUUGUGUGUCUGCAUAUGCAUGUACAAAACUUCAUAUAGCGUUAUAUAAAUAUAUUGUAAAGACAUUAUACAAGCCACUUAUCUAACUUUACGUUAAGAGAAACCACUAACUGCACCGACGCUUUUGCCGUUUGUGUGACUGUUCCCGACUUAUGCAGACGAGGAUACUUUUUUUUUUUUUAGGACUUCUCCCUUCCGCUUGGAGGGAAAACAAAUGUUUUUCUUUUUUGAGUAUUCAAUACAUUUGCAGAUGUUAGGUUGCAUAAUUGCUGGACGCUACAGUAGGGACACCUGUACAAACUAAUGAGAUCCAAUACAAGAGUGUCGUUCAAAAGUGGGGAUUGUUAUAAAAUAUUAGAAUCAGCUUUCAUGCGGUGCUGCAGUUGUAUGCCAUUGCAGUCCAUCCAUCCAUCUUCCUCCGCUAAGCACAGGGGUGUCACUCAUUUUAGAUCGGGAGCCACAUGGAGAAAAAAUCUACUCCCAAGAGGGCCAGACUGGUAAAAUAACGGCACCAUAACUUAAAAAUAAAGACAACUUCGGAUUGUUUUCUUUGUUUGAAAAUAGAACAAGCACGUACUGAAAACAAAUGUUUUUUUUUUUUUUUUUUACACUUAGGCCUUCACAAUGGCAGAGGGGUUAGUGCGUCUGCCUCACAGUACGAAGGUCCUGAGUAGUCUGGGGUUCAAUCCCGGGGUCGGGAUCUUUCUGUGUGGAGUUUGCAUGUCCUCCCGUGAAUGCGUGGGUUCCCUCCGGGUAGUCCGGCUUCCUCCCCCUUCCAAAGUCAUGCACCUGGGGAUAGGUUGGUUGGCAACACUAAAUUGGCCCUAGUGUGUGAAUGUGAGUGUGACUGUUGUCUGUCUAUCUGUGUUGGCCCUGCGAUGAGGUGGAGACUUGUCCAGGGCGUACCCCGCCUUCCACCCGAUUGUAGCUGAGAUAGGCACCAGCGCCCCCCGCUACCCCAAAGGGAAUAAGCGGUAGAAAAAUGGAUGAAUGGAUGGAUGUUGCGGUUAAUAGUAGUAUGUCUUAAUUUGUCGUUAUUUAUUCUUUCUGAAUAAAUUAUGUGAUAAUGUUCAGCAGUCAACUAAUUGGUGUUAAUUUUCAAUCUAUCAAGUUAAAAAAAUAAUAUCAAAAUCCAAUUCCAGUUAUUCAUGUAGUUUGAUCAUUUUCCUCGACUGAUGUACCAACAUCAUGUGGCUUAUUUUGUACAUAUGUAGCAUCAUAUACGAACAUACAAAGAAUUGCUAUUUCGACAUCCAGUGGACACAUUUAGAACAGCAGUUUCUUUCAUUCCAAAAUUUCAGGUUCAUUUUUAUACCUAGCAAACUCAUCCCGCAGGCCGGAUCAAACCUGUUCGCGGGCCGAUCCGGCCCCCGGUCUCUACCGUUUACACCCCUGGCUUAGCCAAAGUCGGAUUGCGAGGUCAGCAGUCUAAGCAAAGAAGUCCAGACUUCCCUCUCCCCAGCUACUACGUCCAGCUCUUCCUGGGGGUUCUCGUGGGGUUCCCAUGCCAGCUGGGCGACAUAGUCUCUCCACUGAGUCCUAUGUCUUCCCCCGUGGCCUCCAACCGGGCGCCCUACACACCUCUCUAAUCUAAACUUCAACCAUAUUAAAUAGCUUAUACAUAUCUUAAAAUAAUACUUUCGGUUCCUUAAAGUGGGAACAAUUUGAGUUAGGCAUAUUUUAUGUUCUCAGGUCACGAACAAGGUGCACCAGCACAUGCUUGGAUGAGUUUAGGGUAAACUAGAACAAAUGUGUUGAGACAAGCGGCCCUUUGUUGGGUGCUUUUUGGGAAAAAUGGACAAAGUCUACAGUCCAAAGUAUUCUACAGAAGACUAGAAGCUAGUUUGGAUUGGAUCUCUUGGAUUGUGCAGGUGUACAUAAUGCUGUUGCUGAUCAGUUUAGGUGUCUCUCGGCCUACAUCGAACCAAUGUUCAGGGAAUAACUCAAAACCACUAUGUUAUGAAGACGACAGUGGCCAUGUGUGAUAAAACGUGGACGCACCCUACCGAGAAAACGGUGGAGAACACGGAAGAAUGUAGCCGCUGUACAAUUUGAUGUCUUUCGCUUUCCAGCGACCUCCGAUUCAUUGAGCCAUACUCCUCAUGUCAUUUACAUUCAUCCACCACACACCUUAUAGGGUGGAGGAAGCUGUUUCCAUAGUAACAAGAUCAUGAUGAUAAAGGCACGUGUAUGGUCAGCACUUAGCUUCUGGUAGCUAAGGGCGCCUUCACACUUGUCAUGUUUGGUUCAGUUUAAACCAACUCCAGUGCAUUUUGCUCAGCAAAUCUCGGUGAGCCGAGGGCUUCAAAAAACGGGUCUUGGCCUGUUUGCAAGUGAAUUCUGGUGUUGGUCGGUUCAUUUGAGCUCAAAUGUAAACGCCACACAGACCGAAGACACACAAAAAAAGUACCCAGGAUAGUCACACACAUACUAGGUGUGGUGAGAUCAUCCUCUGCAUUUGACCCAUCACCCUCACCCCACUAGGAGGUGAAGGGAGCAGUGAGCAGCAGCGGUGGCAGCGCCCCGGGAAUUAUUUUUGGUGAUUUAAAGGCCUACUGAAACCCACUACCACCGACCACGCAGUCUGAUAGAUUAUAUAUCAAUGAUGAAAUAUUAACAUUGCAACACAUGCCAAUACAGCCGGUUUAGUUUACUAAAUUGCAAUUUUAAAUUUCCCGUGGAGUUUCCUGUUGAAAACGUCGCGGAAUGAUGACGCGUGCGCGUGAUGUCACGGACUGUCAGGAAAUAUUAGCACACCACCAUUUGCGGCUAAAAGUAAUCUCUUUUCAUCGCGCAAUUAGACAGUAUUCUGGACAUCUGUGUUGCUGAAUCUUUUGCAAUUUGUUCAUUUAAUAAUGGAGACUAUAAAGAACAAUGCUGUUGGUGGAAAGCGGUGUAUUGCAGCUGUCUUUAGCACCGAGACACUGCCGGUGUUUCUUUGUUUUUAACACAGAGCGGUCAAGCGAACAUGUUUCUCUACGUCAACCAGCAUGUUUUUGGAUAGGAAAAUAGUGAUCUAUAUCUUACCGGAGACAUCAUUAGAUUAUUCGUCCUCCUGCAGUAGCUGUUUAAAACGCAGCUGUGAGCUUGGCUCCUCAGCUUCUCUCUGAGACACUGUGUGUUCACCGCAGCCAUCCGACCUCGAGGUAUGUAUUUACAAUCUCACUAAAACAGUAUUAAAACAAUAAGCAGAUAAGGGAUCGUCCAGAAUUAUCCUAGUAAAUGUGUCUAAUUACAUCUGAAACGCUCACACUGCCGCCGCCCGGAGCCGUCGCUUUUUUUUUUUUUUCCUAGUCUUUCGCUAUCAAUAUCAUCAUCCACAAAUCUUUCAUCCUCGCUCAAAUUAAUGGGGAAAUUUUAGUUUUCUCGGUCCGGAUAGCUCUUGCUGCUGGAGGCUCCCAUUAUAAACAAUGUGAGGACGUGAGGAGCCCUCACCCUUGUGACGUCAUCGUCUGCGACUUCCGGUAAAGGCAAGGCUCUUUUAUCAGCACCAAAAGUUGCGAACUUUAUCGUGGAUGUUCUCUACUAAAUUCUUUCAGCAAAAAUAUGGCAAUAUCGCGAAAUGAUCAAGUAUGACACAUAGAAUGGACCUGCUAUCCCCGUUUAAAUAAGAAAAUCUCAUUUUAGUAGGCCUUUAACCGCCAAUUCCAUCCCUUGAUGCUGAGUGCCAAGCAGGGAGGUAAUGGGUCACUUUUUUAUAGGAGUAUGUUGGAAUGACAGAGGAAAUGUGUUGAAAGUGCUGUCUGCUCACUCCUCUUUAAGUGUAUAUUUAGAAACUUUUUGGGAAAUCUAAAAUGAUAAAGAAUAUUUUUAUACAAUAUAAGAUUAUUCUACUUAUUCAACUACAGCUGCAACGAUUAAUCAAUUAAUUUGAUUAGAAAAAAGCUCAAAUGUAUAUUCUGUUGCUUCAAUUAAAACUUCAAAAAGUUUUACAAGGACAGAUUGAUUAAAUGCAGAACGCACUGAGUACCCAGAACUUUAUAUACUUCGCUUCAUCAGGGCCACUGCAAUAGAGCGCACACAAGGGCGGUGGUGUGUAUCUUUUUUAAAAUGUUCAUUAAUGAACACAUGUUAAAAGUGCCAUCAGUGUUGGUAAUAUGAAUGUUUCAAAAAACAAAAAGUAAGAAGAAUGAAGGUCACAGCAAGCAGAAAAAUCUUCAUUUCAAACCAUUUUUCCUAAAAUAUGCUACAAAGUGUGUUUUAUCCCAUUACUCGAAGUAACUAAUCAAUAGAUUACUCGUUACUAAAAUGAUCGAUACGUGUAGCUCUAUAUUCACCCCAGCAGAUGGCUUUUUGAUUCGGAAUAUUUGAGUUCCAUCAAGUAACUAAAGCUGCCCAAUCAAGUCCUUACUUUACAUUUUUACUGCACAGCCUUCGGCCCCAUGACCAAAAUACCGCAGGGAAAGCUAAGGGGACUGCACCAAAGUAUGAAACAAGUAUCUUUUUUUAAUAAUUACUGAACCACAAGUGUGAAUGCAGCCUUAAAUCCUCUUAAGUGUCCUUUGCAGUGGACAUUUGUUUUUGGUCUAUUUCUUUUGGCAAAUUUUGUAAAAGAAAUAGCCUUAUUAUACAAAACGUCCACUGUAGAUGACGCUCGCUCUCAGAGGGCUUUUCUAUACAAAUAUCUGAUACAGGAUCUUUUUAUAUGUCUUGUUUUUUGACUACUGAGUGAGGCACCCAGUUUUGUAUGUUAGCGUCCAUUCCCACACUGAAGCCCCAAAUUAUUUAAAGAAAGACAAAAUCUGUAUUUAUGUAUGCAGUGAAGACUUUUUUUCUAAAAUGUUUUUAUUGUUUUGUAAAUAGGUUUCUUUUCCUGUGGUAAAAAGGCAAAAGUAAAGGCACAUCUAAUUGCUACAAACAACAGUUUUAGAUUGUAAGCAUAGAUAAUGCAGCAUUCCUUUGUUUGAUUAAACAGCAAUUGACAUUUUUAUGUCCUGAAUUGGAAGCAUUUUGAUAAGCAUGAGUCACGCCAAAUAAAGCCCCGGUCAAAACAUAUACAUAGAACUUUGCACGCUACAUGGAAACCAUAAUAGCUAUGCUGGGACAUGCAGCUCAAAUGCCUUCUUGCCACAGCCUUUUGGUAUGUGUGCUCUCUCAACACACACAAAAACCAAAACAAGACGUUCUCCACUAUUGAAUGCAUUGACAGGAAUACCAAAAGGCCCACAGAGUUUGUUUAUAGAUUGUAUAUAGGCCGAAAGAGGAGAAUGACGCAGCAGCGGAUGAUGAUGUUGUCAAACCACAACACCUAAAAACUCUGCACUGUUGAGUGAGCAGUGCAUCAUGUACAAAAAAAAUAUAUUUUGUAGAAAAAAAUUAAAGAUAAAUUAUUUUUUUGAAAUAUAUUAUAAGCAUGUGUUUAGUGUAAAUAACGUCAAAAGUUUAAAUUGAUUUUAUAUCCUGUAUUUUUUUAUAUUUUGGGGUGGAGGCUUCAAGGAGCAGUUCCAUGUAUUAAUUUCAUUUUUUUUUUUUUGCAAGCACUAACAAAUCCUAACAAAUUUGUAUCCAUGUGCACCGUCUUCCGACUAAAUCAGUCACCGACUGUUGGAUCCGAUCUGUUUGUAUAAUCUACGAUUUUUGUGAGAAAGCGAUAUGAUGUCACUUUUACACAUUUACACUUUUUUUUUUUUGUUAGGGUUUUUGCUGUGCAUGGAAAACAAACAAACAUGUACAGCAUCAAUGAUACCAUACAGCAACAAUGUUUUGUCAUGUCUUAUGGGAAGCCUAAAUUAUUUUUUUCCUCUACCUCAUGUGUAUAGCUUGUAGACGUAAACAGAUCACAAAUGACUGGUAAGAAUGUAUUUAAGUUAUUUAACAUCUUUGUGUAACAAAGGCGAACAGAAAAUCUGAAAUAAUAAAAUAAUUUUUAAAUUAU